GGUCCGGCUCAGCUGGGACGCGUUCAGUGCUGGAGUGUGCCAGGAAAGGUCCGGCUCAGCUGGGGAACGAGCGGCGCGGGAGCGAAGAGCGCUGCUCUGUGCGGUGCUGCCUCCUGGAAAACAGUCCUGACAGCUUUCUGGUUCUGUUACUUGUUCUUUGUGUGCUUUCAAAAUGAGCAAUGAAGAUGAAAUAAAGGAAAAACUGGAUGCGGAGUUAGAUCGCUGUGUUGUGGCUAUGAAGCCCUAUGUCCUUAACCUGCAGCAUAGUUCAGAAAGAAAAAGAUGCUCACUAUGGAUUAAAAAACUCUGCAAACCUUCUGCAGCAGGCAUAGGAAUAGUGGGAAGGGAGAAUCGAAACUUGUAUGCAAAACUGCUGCUCCACAUGCUGCAGAGAGGAGUUCUGAAUGGUCCCUUCAGCCAGAAACCAGAGGAAGGAAUGCUGAAAACUUUGCCUGCCUACAUGUCAGUUUAUUUUGAUGAACCAAGUUCACCAAGACUUCGGAACAGCCACUCUGACUGCUUAUCUGAGUGGACUUUAGGAGACCUGGGAAAACACGACAGUAAUGUAUCCUCUGUGGAGGACUCCUCUUCAGCAACAGCUCCUGCACAUGGGGAAGGACUCAAUGAGAAGCCAUCCGUAUUAUCCCGUUGUUGUCUGAGCUCUCCUCACCGGACAGAUGAAGAUGACCUAGGCACGUCACUGUCUGAUGAUCAACACAAAAGGGACUUUUCAUUGGAUGAUGAUGACCUCGAAGCACGACUCAAUAGUUGGAAUCUUGGGUUAGAAAACCCCAGAUACCUGCGAGAAAAACGGGUGCCAAUGACUGUGAUGACACCUAAAAUUGAUCUUGGGCAGAGCAGCCGCUCUCGGUACCACCAGGCACUGCUUCGCACGCAGGAGAAAGAGCUGGAAUUGAAAAUGAAAAUAGCAGAAGGUAAAUUUCAUGAAGAAAAACUGAAAUUACAACAGAAGCAUGAUGCUGAUGUUCAAAAGAUUUUGGAUAGAAAGAAUGAUGAAAUAGAUGUGCUGAAGUCCACCUACCUAAAGAAACAAAAGGAGUCUGAGGAUAUGAUAAGAAAACUGGAGAAAAAAGUUCAGACCCUUGUUCGUGAGUCCCAAGUUGUGAGAGAAGCCAAAGAGCAGCAGAUUGUGGAGCUGAAGAAGAUGUGUGAGCAAACCAAUGAUUGCCUGAACAAUGAGUGGGAGAAAAGGCUCCACGAUGCCGUGGCUGAGAUGGAGAAGGAGAAGUUCAACAUCCGGAAGAAGCACACAGAAGAUAUGCAGGAGCUGCUGGAGGAGACCAACGCCCGGCUGGCCAAGAUGGAGGAGGAGUAUUUGCAGCAGACACAGUCAACUAACGAGACUGUCCAAAAGCUGGGGGCCCGUGUGCAGCAGUUGACUGUUGAGGCUGAAAAUAGUAAUUUACAACGUCAGAAAUUAUCUCAGGAGAAGACUGAGGUAGAACUGCGCUACCAGGAGGUCUGCUCCCAACUUGAGGAGCUGAAAGAAAGGUACAAGUUACUUCAGAAAGACAAGGACCAGAUUAUGCAGGAAUACAAGGAGAACCUUCAGCAACUACAAAGUAAAUUUGAUGUUGAUAGAGAUUUUCUGAAGCAGGAACAAGCUCAGCAGACAUGUGAUGUGAUUGCAGAAUUACGCCGUGAAAUGGCUCUGCUGAAACAACAAUUGCAAGACUCUGAACAUCAAAGGAAGCAGCAGCUGAGGGAUCAAGAAUACAAGCUUCAGCAGGACAAGCUCAACUUGAAGCGUGUGUAUGAGAAACAGAUUAAUGGCAUUCGGAAUGAUCUGGAUAAAGAAAGAGGGGAAGCUCAGAAGAAAAUUCGCCACCUGGAACAGGCUCUGAAGGAGAAGGAGGAGCAGCUGAGGCGGGUGACGGAGGUACAGAGGCUGCAGGCCCAGCAGGCAGGCGCUGCCCUGGAGGAGUUUAAGCGGCAGGUGGAGCUGAACUCAGAGAAAGACUCUGCUGAAAUGAAACAGCGGAUGGCAGAGGUUGAAGCAGAUCUAAGCAGAUCAAAAUUGCUGCGGGAAAAGCAAGCCCAAGAAUUCUCCUGGCAGUUGGAUGAGAUCAAGAAAAGAUAUGAACAGCAGAUAGUGGAGCUGAAGCUGGAGCAUGAACAGGAGAAGACGCACCUAUUCCAGCAGCACAACACAGCGCAGGACUGCCUGGUCCGAGACCAUCAACGGGAGAUGGAGAAACUGGAGAAGCAGCUUCACGCUGCCAUGGCAGAGCACGAGAGCCAAACUCAGGACAGCAGGAAACGAGACGGCCAGGUGAUCUCUGGUUUGGAGAACCAAAUCCACAAGCUGAGGGAGGAGCUGAUCCAGGCCAACGCCCUGCGGAACCAUCAGCUGCUGGACCUGAGCCUCCAGAGGGACGAGGAGAAGCUGAAGGCAUCCCGAGACAAGGAGGCAGCACUGAACAGCCUCAAGAUGGAGAUGGAAAAAGUGAUAUCAGAGCUGAAGAGGAGGCACACGGCGGAGACAGAGGCGGCCUUGAGAAAGGCCAACAGGCGGCUGAAGCAGAUGGAGGAGGAGUUCAGCCAGAAGCUGUCCAUGUCCGCGCAGGAGAUAGCAGAACUGAAGACAACCAUUUCCUUCCUGACAGAGGAGAACAGCCGGCAGCAGCUUGCGGUGGAGCAGCGGCUCCAGGAAGCUGCACAGAAGUUGGAAGAUGAGAAGCAGCAGCUGAUGACAGAUAAUGACAGAGCAAUCAAGGCCUUGCAGGACGAGGUGGAGAAUUACCGUGGGCAGGUUUAUGAUGCUCAGAGGAGGCUCCAGCGCAACGAGCUGAAGGCCCAGGAGCAGUUGGUUACUAUACGAGAAGAAUAUCAAAAAAUACUCAAAGGGCUGCUGCCAGCAUCUACCAGAAAGGAGUUUGAAGACACCAUUUCAUCUUUAAAAUCUCAGGACUGUGCUUGUAACCGAGCUGGGAAGGACUGGGAUGUGGGAUCUGGGACCUGGGAUCUGUCCUGGCUGAAGGGAAGAACUGGGACAAGGACAGUGCCAAGCUGGUGGCUCAGAGCUGCCCUGAGCUCUGGGAAGAGCAGAAACCUGAGGACACAGAGUACAAGUUAUCAUCACAUUAUCAUCACAUCCUUAUGCCAAUUUUCAGGACCGUUUUUCAAGAAAUUAUUGAUCUACAACAUCUCAUUUCUCUUUCCUGCACAACCUUCUUUAUGGAGAUGAUUGGUAAUUUCAUUUAUUCUGGGAUUUUCCCCCUUUUUUUCUCUUUGCAAUGCAUAAGAGUUAUUCCAUAGCAUAUUUUGCUCUGCAUAAGACACUUCCCCUGGCAGAGGCCACCUUCAAUGGAAGUAGGAAAUUCUGAAAGUGGAAAGUCAAUAUUUCUAUGUGCAGGGAGUGACACAACUAACAUUCUGGCUGUAAACAUUCUGCUUCCAUCUUAAGGGAUCCCUAAUGGAAAUUAUGCUCUUUCUCAUUUAAAUAGUUGUGUGAAAUAAAGAGUUAAGGGUCUGUUGGGGAGGUCUAUUUCCAGUUCAUAGUAAAAAGCUAUUUUUUAAAGACUCCUAAAAGGACUCUCAGCACUGCCUGGUAGGAAGCAUCACUCUGAACUCAUACCACACCUUUUAA